CUGUAGUAGCCGGUGAUGGUAGAAUUAAGUGAGAAAUGGGAAUCACUAUCUCUUUAUAAAUACGCACACUCUCUUUGUUCAAACCCAAAAGAUAUUCCCUUCAACCGUCGCCUUUUGUUCCUUCCUCUCCCAGAUUUUCUCUCUUUUAUUCCCUCACUUGUAUGGCAGCCAAUUUCAAGCGUGGUGGAGGGAUCGCCAGCUUGGGGAAGCGCCUUCUUAACCGCACCUCCACUCUCUCGGCCACGCCCUCUCCUCCACCUGCUGCUGCUGUCAGGUUCCUUCAGGUGUGCUCACUCAUCGGCAUAUGACAAGAACCUGGAUGAUCAGGUCCAUGCAACUGUGGUUCCUGAUGAUGUGAUCCAGCCUCAAUCGGACAAGUACUGGGCUCCGAACCCUCAGACCGGGGUGUUUGGCCCCGCUGCCGAGCAGCUUAACGCAUCUGUGGGUGGGGAGCAAGGCAUCAAUUCCGGUGGCGAGAACUCUGUCCUCGAGGAAAAGGCCUGGUUCCGUCCUACGAGUAUCGAGGACCUGGAGAAGCCACACCAUCACUGAUUAUGAGCCUACUAUUAUAUUGUCUAUAUAGAUAAACAAAGA